ACUAAUCAAAACAUUCAAAACAUGAGUUAUUUCUGCAAUUGAUUUGAAUUUGGUUUUGGUUUUGCAUUCAAUUUGAAGAGUAAAUCAUUAAUCAAUUGAUCCAAUGGUGAGAUUUGGUCGAAAGCCUUCGUGGAGUUUCCCCGACUUUAAGGCCAGACUUCCCGACCAUUACUACGAACACCAAAAGCGACUCAACUAUCCGUCCUCUCGAGUCCACGACAGACCCAAAGACACCGAUUAUUAUGAUUUGAUUUACAAUAAACAGAGACAUAAAGUGGAAAGAGUGGCCGACACUCCCAUUCCGGUGAUAUACCCGCCCGAAGCAGAUGUGGGUAUUUGGGGCGGAGAGGGUAUUGUCAAGGGUUAUGUCAAACCCCGGAAGUACUUCGAGGCCGGAAAAAUUCGCCCGAAGUAUUGGUUCCCAAAUUUGAAGAGAGCCGUCUUCUACAGCGAAAUACUCGAUAAGUACUUCCGGACGAUAUGUACGCGAAGAACACUGGAAUUGGUUGAUAAACACUACGGCUUUGAUAGUUAUAUAUUGAGAACUGAAGUGCAAGACUUGAAGUCUGGUCUGGCGUUGAAUUUGCGAAGAAUAAUGCUUUUGACGUUAAUUCGUAAGGAUUUUAAAGAUCCAAAACAUUGCGAAGAAAUGGUCGACAAAUAUAGGGAUUGUUUGAUUCCGGAAGAAGAGGCCGAAUGGGUUGGCCUUUCAGUCAGAGACGCAAUGGUAAAGCAGAAGUUAAUUGAUGCCAAAGCCAAUAAAGCUAUUCCUCUGAAGGCAACUCUCACUCAAGAGCUUAUAGAAGAACUACAAAAAAUGAAAGACAGCGGAGAACUCGAUAUCAUUAUGAAAGACGAGGACAAGACUAAUUGGUUCAAUAAAUUCAAAUCCAAAAUACCUUUCCUUAAGGCUAACCAAUAGUCUUCUCACAAACCAUCCCUUUAUAGUUAUAAUCGAAUAAAAUAUACAAAUAAUAGUCAUUUGAAUACAC